AUGGAAGCACGUUGCUAUGAAAUACAACAGAUUCAUAUGGAUGGACGUCUUUCUGGAAGUCUCCAUGAAUUGCCGCGAGCUGUGGAAAUCUGCAUUGAAUCAGAGGAUCCAUUUGCAUUGUGCCGGGUAAGGCAUAACUCGCAAUUUUGUGAAAAUCUCGAAAUGCAAUGUUAUAAUCUGGAAAACAUCCCUGUCGUGAGACGUGUAGCUGGCGUUCUCGUUGAAUUACCGGAAGCGAUCAUCAUUUGCAUGAAAUCA